UUUUUUUUUGGGGGAACUUUGAAAGCUCGCGAGAGGGAUUCCACGGCCGUAUGUGGGUUUGUGAGUUGGAAUAGCGGAAUAGUUUGGAAAAAUAAACGAGGAAUAGUGCCAAACAGCAAGUGCGAAUCGCCAAGUGCCAGACCGAGCGCGUGUAGGAGUGUGUGUGUAUGUGUGUGUGUUUAUGUACUUGUUUGCCGUCGGUAUAGUGUGUUUUGUUUUGGCCAGUGUACCGUGCUGAAAAAGGUGUACCGUAAGAAAUCCUUCACAAACAGUUUUGAAAGAUAAACUCCUAAAAGGUAAUUAGCAUCCUUCAUUGGCACUAAUUUGUUAAUUACGAAAAGAUUUCCCGUCGCCAUGUUACCUCUACUAUGCUUGGCCCUGGUGCUAAGCACGCUGGUUCCCUCGUAUGGGUUGCCAAACGGUGCGCCAACGUCGGUUUGUGACAAUAUGCUACCGUUCCACGGGGGAGGCAUUCCACCACUUACCACCAAGACACCGUUUCUGAUCACCCCCCAAUCGUCGGUGAUCGGGAGCGGGCAGACGCUCAAGAUCGACAUCGAAUCGUUCCCGGCCAAUAUAGUGUUCAAGGGCUACAUGAUCCAGGCCCGUGCAGCGAACCCCCCGAACAACAUAGUCGGCCACUUCGUGAGCACCGAUACUGCCGCGAUCAAGCUGAUCGACUGCCAGGCUGAAGGAGAUACGGCAACACAUACCUCUACCAGCCCGAAACAGGAGCUGACGCUCGAGUGGAUCGCUCCGGACAAUUUCGUCGGUGAUGUGGUUUUCAACGCGACGAUCGCACAGGAUUACGACAAGUUCUGGGUUGGCAUUCCCUCGGAGCGGGUGCGUGUGGUGGCUAGCUCAACGACGGUAGCGCCUGGAACGGCGUCAACCAAGCGUAUGACGACGACCACAACCGUACCACCGUAUCGGCCAGCACAAACCGCAGCACCAGUGGCAGCGGACCCGAUCUACGAUGCGUGCGGACAGAGCAAGGGUUGCUUCGGAUUCCCCGAGGGUUGCGUCGAUACCAAGAACUGCCGAGCGGUGGCUACGAUCGCGGUACUGGGAGCGCGUUACGUUUUCGAAAUGAAAGCAGGAUACAAUAGCCCAGCCUACGUUGCACUUGGACUGUCCGAUGACGCCAAGAUGGGUGAGGAUUCCGUGAUUGAGUGCGUACCUGAACAGGGUACGGUUAAUGCUUACGCCUCGUGGACUACAGUCGGACCAUACGGAUCAACGCGUUUGGGUGUUCCACAAAACAUCUUCCAAGUAUUGGAAAAGUCUUACAAUGAUGGUGUGAUUUACUGCAAGGUGGAACGCGAUGCCGUCAGCAUGGUUAAGGGCAAGAAGUUCGAUCUUGUGAAUGAUAAGUUCCAUCUGCUCAUAGCGGCCGGAUCAUCGGUGGAAUCAACGAAUCUUAACUAUCACGACAUCGGCCGUCACGUGUCCGGCAGUCCACAAUCGCUGGCCGAAGUUGGACCGGUUCAGGGAUCUUCAAAGUUGCUGCUACGUCUCCAUGGUGCCUUCAUGAUCACAGCGUGGAUCGGUACGGCUUCGCUCGGCAUUCUCAUCGCUCGCUACUUCCGCCAGACGUGGGUUGGCAGUCAGAUGUGUGGCAAAGAUCAGUGGUUUGCAUGGCAUCGUUUCCUGAUGGUCGUGACGUGGGCACUCACAGUCGCCGGUAUUGUGGUAAUCUUUGUUGAGAUCGGUGGCUGGUCGCAGGUGCGUAACCCGCACGCCAUUCUCGGCAUAGUGACGACGGUCCUUUGCUUCCUGCAACCCAUCGGUGCAUUCUUCCGGCCACAUCCUGGCUCGAGCAAGCGGCCCAUCUUCAACUGGCUUCACUGGCUCGGCGGUAAUUUGGCGCACGUGAUCGCGAUCGUUGCCAUCUUCUUCGCUGUCCAGCUGCAGAAGGCCGAACUGCCCGAAUGGAUGGACUUUAUCCUUGUCGCGUUCGUCGCAUUCCAUGUGUUCAUGCAUCUGAUCUUCUCCGUCUUCUCCUGGAUACAGAUCGGUGGCUGCGUAAGCGAGCGAAGAAGUGGCCAGCGUGUGACGUCCUUCCCAAUGGCCGAUAUGACGCCGUCGCGAAAUUCCAUGAGCUCCAGCGAACGAAAACAGGAUGCAGCUUUCUCGGGCUUCCGUAAGUCUAUGCUGUUCCUGUACAUUCUGAUUGUGCUCGGGCUGGUCAUCGCGAUGGUAGUGAUAGUCGUCUUAGCGCCAAUCGAAGCCGCCUACAAUAGUAUCAAAGAGCAGAUCAUGAACUAAAAGCAUCAGCCAUCGAAAGUGGGUAAACUAGCGCGAUAAGCUGAACGGUGUGCAAGCAACUACGAGAACGAACAAACGCGUCAUCUGUUAACCAACCAGCGGUUUCAAACUCUAGGCGGAUUGUGUACUAUUACUUUUCUAGAGAGCAAACUCUAGCGGGCCGAUAGUAGAAAAGCUCACGAAUUUUAACGCUCGAAGCGCAAAUCACGUGAAGCAGCUGCAGUGUAACGUGAAACCAACAUCGAAUAGGUUAGAACGCGAAGGUUUUGCUAAGCGAUAUUGUAGAUAACAGGCUUUCCUUUCCUUCCAAUCCUACUCCCGUACGUCAACCUACUCCCGUUACCCUUUCAACCCCACAUCUGUUCGUCCUUUUACGUAAACGUAAGCGAUCUUUAUACUGAUCAGAGUUUUUUGAAUGUGUAUUAUUUGUCGAAAAGAAGCGGAAGUGUCCAAUCGAUCCCACACUAGUAUCCCUCCACAGAAGUAUACAGAAAAAGAAAGCCGAUGGGUACGGGAAACGGUGCGUUACGAAAUUGCAACCAUGUUUUUUUCCGUAUCCCGAGAUGUACAGAGUUAAGAUGUGAAAUAUUUAUAAAGAAAGCAUAGCCAGCCCCAAA